AGAAACGUGUUUUCAGCCGGUGUGGGAGUCGGACCUGUGUUAUGUGUGACCGUGGCGCUUUUCAUUCUACAAAAUGCAGAUAUCCAGUGUGAACGAUGUGAAGAUUUACAACUUAAGUCACGGAAAGUCUCUCCCGGAGUGGUUGUCAGAUCGAAAGAAAAGGCAGCUCCAAAAGCAAGAUGUUGACAUCCAGCGCAGGAUCGAGCUCAUCCAGGACUUCGAGAUGCCCACAGUGUGCACCUCCAUCAAAGUGACCAGGGACGGUCAGUACAUCCUGGCUGCAGGCACUUACAAACCGAGAGUUCGUUGUUACGACACCUAUCAGCUGUCCCUCAAGUUUGAGCGCUGUCUGGACUCAGACGUGGUGGCGUUUGAUGUCCUGUCUGAUGACUAUUCUAAGUUGGUGUUCCUGCACUGCGAUCGGUACGUAGAGUUCCACUCUCAACAUGGACACUACUACAAGACACGCAUUCCAAAGUUUGGACGGGACUUUUCUUACCACUACCCCUCAUGUGACCUGUUUUUCGUGGGGACAAGUUCAGAGGUGUACAGACUGAACCUGGAACAGGGGCGCUUCCUGAACUCCCUGCAGACUGACGCUGUGGAGAACAAUGUGUGUGACAUCAACCCCGUCCAUCACUUGUUCGCGGCUGGAUCCUCUGAGGGCAGGGUUGAAUGCUGGGACCCUCGGGUCCGCAACCGAGUGGGAAAGCUGGACUGUGCCCUGAGCAGCCUCGCUGAAGGGGCAGAAGUUCAGAGUUUGCCUUCUAUCAGUGCGCUGAAGUUCAACGGCUCCCUCGGUAUGGCCGUGGGCACCAGCACAGGACAGGUGCUGCUCUAUGACCUGCGAUCCAACCAGCCGCUUCUGGUCAAAGACCAUUUUUACAACCUGCCAAUCAAAUCGCUCAACUUCCACGAUCCUCUGAACCUGGUCGUGUCCUCCGAUUCUAAGAUCAUAAAAAUGUGGAACAAAGACACGGGCAAGUUGUUCUCCUCCAUUGAGCCUCAGGCCAACCUCAACGAUGUCUGCAUGUACCCCAAUUCAGGUAUGCUGUUCACUGCCAACGAAGACCCCAAGAUGAACACUUUCUACAUUCCUGCUCUGGGCCCAGCGCCUCGGUGGUGCUCCUUCCUCGACAGCCUGACUGAGGAGCUGGAGGAAAGCCCGGAGAGCACGGUGUAUGAUGACUACAAGUUCGUCACUCGGAAAGACUUGGAAAAUCUGGGCCUGUCUCACCUGGUGGGCUCUUCGCUCCUGCGGGCCUACAUGCACGGAUACUUCAUGGACAUAAGACUUUAUCACAAGGUCAAAACCAUGGCCAAUCCCUUCGCAUAUGAGGAGUAUCGGAAGGACAAGAUCCGCCAAAAGAUCGAGGAGUCCCGGACCCACAGAGUGCAAGUUAAGGCUCUACCUAAGGUCAACAAGGAACUGGCUCUCAAGCUCAUGGAAGAAGGCGACGAUGAGGCUGAAGAGGCUGCGAGGAAGAAGAAGGGCAAGGCGCUGCCCAGCCUCCUCGGAGACGACCGCUUCAAAGUCAUGUUCGAAAACCCCGACUACCAGGUGGACGAGCAGAGCGAGGACUUCCGCCUGCUCAACCCCAUCAUCUCCAGGGUGGGCCAGAAGAGGAAGAAGAAGCUGCGCCUGCUGGCUCAGCAGGCCUCCCAGCAGGCGGCCGAGGAGGACGAGGAGGAGCCCGAGGGCCGCGGCAGCUCCGAGGAAGAGAGCUCCGACGACGACGACAAGGGCUGGGUGGAGGAGGUGAGGGAGCAGCGCCGGCUGCUGUGGCUGGAGGGCAAGGAGCGGCGGCGGCAGGAGAAGAAGGAGGCCGACCGCAACACCGUCCUGCUCGAGAAGCGGCCGAACGGCGGCGAGGCGGCGUCCGACGCGGCCGACGGCAAGAAGACCAUCCAGCCCCGGUUCUAUCAGAUCAAAGCCGGAGAGGAGUUCAGGAGCUUCAACGACAUGGCCCGCAAGCAGAAGCUUCAGAACGCCUCUCUGGAGGACCGGCUGAAAGUGGAGGAGCGCUCCGGAACCAGCAGCACGGCCGACACGGCGGUGGGCAGCAAGCAGCUGACCUUCACGCUCAAGAAGUCGGAGCAGCAGAGGAAGCAGCAGCAGGCCGAGCGAGAGCACCACGAGGAGAGGAAGAAGCUGCGGCGCUCAGCCGGACACCUGAGCAGCAGCCGCGGCCGCGGGAGAGGCUGGGCCGGCAGAGGAAGAGGAAGAGGAAGAGGCCGCCACUGAGUCCCUGUCCCGGCACUCCGACAGCUGCCGGAUCCUCGUAGGUUCUCCCACUCACACAGUGGGUGAUAUAAAUAUAAGGCAGUGAAGAGCUGAAUGGACUCUAUAUGAUCUCUGUUAACAUUUGCAUAACAGCGACGUGUUUUAUUUUUUAUUUGGUGUAACUGUAUAUUGUUAGGAAAAUGCUGUAUUAAUAACAUUUGUACAAUAUAUUAUAUUUGAUCCAAAACAGCCUUUUUCUUUUUAACAGUCCAGAAAAAAAAAACAUGCAAGUACAAUUUCUAAAAAGCAAAAUGUGUGUAGUAUUUUAAACGUCUUUAUUGUUGGAAAGGUGAGGUGGGAACAUAUACAUGUACACCAUUUAGUUAUUGUUUUCAAUACAAUUACAACAUCUCCUGUCACCGUGAGCAAGCAGGGCGAUGGUGGAUCAGAAACAAAAAAAAAACAACAAAAAACCUUUUGAGAAACAAACCUGCAGAUGACUCACCUGCCUUAAUGGGUCAGGACUAGAAGACAGAGCCCUGCUUUGAGGAUCCCUGCUCCGUGUUUCCUAGCUCGUGUUGCAAACUGACUGCAGAAACCAAAGACCGGGGACUGGGGGACAUCACCGGGUCCAUC